CUUUAUUCCGGUGGACAAGGGGGCCCCUGGGGCGGGCGCUCCCCCACGUGGCGGCCCCGCUGAGCAGCGCGGCGCCCUCCGCUCCUCUCCUCUCCCGGGUCCUCCGGGAGCCAGCGGGGGCGAGCGGGGCGGGGCGCCGAGCCCUUAUAGGGGACCCCGGGCCGUCCCCGCCGCCUGCCGCCCGCUCCUCCGCGCCCGAGCUGCCGAGCCGCCGCCGUCCACGUCCACGUCCACGCGGAGAUGCGGGGCGCGGGGCGGGGAGCCCCCGGAGGCCGCCUGCUGCUGGCGGCGCUGCUGCUGCUGCUGCUCCCGCUCCCGCCCGCGCGCGCCUGGUACAAGCACGUGGCGAGCCCGCGCCUGCACACGGUGGGCCGCGCGGCCGGGCUGCUCAUGGGGCUGCGCCGCUCGCCCUACGUGUGGCGCCGCGCGCUGCAACCCGCCGCCGCCCCGAACCGCCCGGACCCGGCGACCCCCUUCCCGUUGACCCCCGCGGCUCGGGAGCUGUGGCGGGCGCUCCGCAGCGACCCCCGGCUGGGCCGCCCCGUCGGGCCGCGGCGCAGUUCUGCCGAGCUGGCCAGAGCCUUCGGAGGACCUGCCGAGCUGCCGUGGUCCAGCGCCUGGGUCGGUCCCCGCGUGGCCCCGCCGUGGUCCUGAGCGCGGACCCCCGCCCCGCACCCUCGCCCCGCACCACCCUCGCCCUCGCCCCGCGCUCCGGCGCUCCCGCCUCCCGCCCGCGGUCAAUAAAACCUCGGCCUCGC